CGGCCAGGGUUGCUAGGCAACAGGUCAACUCCGCGGGUCGGAGCCGUUUGAGCAGCGCCAGGUGGGCGCAGAGGCUCAGGUGCUUCCCUUGCGGCCCCGGCGGCCACAGGAACGGACCGAGGAGGCAGCCGGUACCAUGGAGAUCGUGUACGUGUACGUCAAGAAGCGAAGCGAGUUUGGGAAGCAAUGCAACUUCUCAGACCGCCAGGCCGAGCUGAACAUCGACAUCCCGCCCAACCCCGAGCUGGCCGAGCAGUUUGUGGAAAGGAACCCCGUGGACAAGGGCAUCCAGUGCUCCACUAGCAUGUCAGAGCAUGAGGCCAACACAGAGCGGUUUGAGAUGGAGACCCGGGGGAUUAACCACGUCGAGGGGGGCUGGCCCAAGGAUGUGAACCCCCUAGAGCUGGAGCAGACCAUCCGGUUCCGGAAGAAGGUGGAGAAGGACGAGAACUACAUCAACACCAUCAUGCAGCUCGGCUCGAUCAUGGAGCACUGCAUCAAGCAGAAUAAUGCCAUCGACAUCUACCAGGAGUAUUUUGACGACGAGGAUGCAGUAGAAGUGACAGAGGAGGCCCCUUCAGCUAAAACCAUCAAUGUUUUCAGGGAUCCCCAGGAGAUCAAGCGGUCAGCCACGCAUCUCUCCUGGCACCCGGAUGGCAACAGGAAGUUGGCAGUGGCAUAUUCUUGCUUGAAUUUUCAACGGGCACCUGAAGGCAUGAGCCACGAAUCGUACAUCUGGGACCUAGAAAAUCCCAAUAAGCCUGAAAUUGUCCUGAAGCCAUCUUCUCCUCUUGUCACCUUGGAGUACAACCCCAAAGAUUCUCACGUGCUUUUGGGAGGCUGCUACAACGGGCAGCUCGCCUGUUGGGACACCCGGAAGGGCAGCCUGGUGGCGGAGCUGUCCACCAUUGAGUUCAGCCAUCGAGACCCUGUGUAUGGCAGCAUCUGGCUGCAGUCGAAGACCGGCACUGAAUGCUUCUCAGCAUCCACAGAUGGGCAGGUCAUGUGGUGGGAUAUCCGAAAGAUGAGUGAACCCACCGAGGUGGUGAUCCUGGACAUUACCAGGAAGGAGCAGUUGGAGAGCGCCUUGGGAGCCAUCUCCCUGGAGUUUGAGUCUACCUUGCCAACCAAGUUCAUGGUGGGCACCGAGCAAGGCAUUGUCAUCUCCUGCAACCGCAAGGCCAAGACGUCAGCCGAGAAGAUUGUGUGCACCUUCUCAGGCCACCAUGGCCCCAUUUAUGCCCUCCAGAGAAAUCCAUUCUACCCAAAGAACUUCCUGACAGUCGGUGACUGGACCGCCCGCAUCUGGUCAGAGGACAGCCGGGAGUCAUCCAUCAUGUGGACCAAGUACCACAUGGCUUACCUCACCGAUGGUGCCUGGAGCCCAGUGAGGCCGGCAGUUUUCUUCACCACCAAGAUGGAUGGGACCCUGGACAUCUGGGACUUUGUGUUCAAGCAAUGUGAACCUGCCCUCAGUCUGAAGGUGUGUGACGAGGCCCUCUUCUGCCUCCGGGUGCAGGACAACGGGUGUUUCAUCGCCUGCGGUUCCCAGCUGGGCACUACCACGCUGCUGGAAGUCUCCAAUGGGCUGUGCACACUCCAGAGGAACGAGAAGAACACAGCUUCCUCUAUAUUUGAGCGGGAGACCCGGCGGGAGAAGAUUCUGGAGGCCAGGCACCGGGAGAUGCGGCUGAAGGAGAAAGGCAAGGUGGAGGGCAAGGAGGACGACCAGAGGGAGGAGGAGCCCAUCCUCACCCUGGAGGAGCUAGUCACCAAGGCCGAGGAGGAGUUCUUCGACAUCAUCUUCACGGAGCUGAAGAAGAAGGAGGUGGAAGCCAUGAAGAAGUCAAAGCCUGAUCUGAAGGCAGACGAAGAGGUGGAAGGAGAGGACCAAGGGGAGGAAGAAGCUGCCCAUGUCGAGACUCCGACCUAGAAGGGUCAGGUCAGCCGUGCCCGCGGCCCCACUCGCUCCACGCCUCCGUCUCCCACCUCCUGGCCCUGCACUGGCUUUGCUCGUGGGCCCUGAGCACCUCCCUUAAAGUGUCAGCGGAGGGAGGGCUGGGGUAGCAGGGCUACCCUGACCCGACCCGACACCCCGCAAAGGGCUGGCCCCCAUUGACUCACUGAAGCCAGUCCCAAGGGACCCCUUGGACGAAGGGAGGAGGCAAGGCUCAUGCCCGAGCUGGGGACGGCUCCUCUCAGCCAGCCGAGCACACCCUGGGCCUUCAAGCCAGGCCCCGUGUGUUCCCUUGGGUUCAGCCUCCCCAUGGCUUGUGUGUUCCCUUGGGUUCAGCCUCCCCACGGCUUUUGGAUAAUCAUUUUCCUUCAAUGCUUGCAGAGCCUCCAGGCAGGCUAGCCUCAACCGUGGUGGGGCCUCCGAAAGACCCGUGCGCGGGAGAGAGGGGCUUCUCCUUCUCCCUUCCUGACCCCCCACCCACAUAUAACUGGGAAACACAGUCCGUCCACUUCUAAAAUGUCCCUCACCACCCCUCCCCUCCCGGGCACGUUUACCUCUGAGAGGAGAUGCGCCAACAAGUUGGAUUAUUCUUGGAUGCCUGCAAGCUGUCUACUAUCUUAAUUCUUACAAAAUUAAAUUAAUAAUAAUGGUGCAU